CGUAGCUGUGCCGGAAAAGAAAACGAAUAUUUCAUGGAGACGGAUCGUUAUUGGGGCGUGCACUACAGCGGCGGCAUGGCCGGGCAGCACUACUGCCUGCGCUGGAACAACUACCAAUCAAACAUGACGUCCGUUUUCCAUCAGCUCCUCCAGACGGAAUCUUUCGUGGACGUCACCCUGGCCUGCAACGAGGCUUCCUUAAAAGCACACAAGGUGGUGUUAUCGGCGUGCAGUUCCUACUUUCAAAAGCUUCUGCUCUCGAAUCCCUGCAAACAUCCGACGAUCAUUAUGCCCCAAGACGUCUGUUUCAAUGAUCUCAAAUUCAUCAUAGAAUUUGUCUACAAAGGAGAGAUCGACGUUUCCCAGGCAGAGCUACAGUCCCUGCUGAAAACAGCCGAUCAGCUGAAGAUCAAAGGACUCUGCGAGGUGCCGGAAAGCAGAGACGGUCCACCAUCGGUGAGUCUUAGUUCACCGCCGAGAGAACCUGGCACUCCUAGGAUAAAUUUUACGAAGCUGAAGAGGCAUCAUCCGAGAUACAAGAGGGCAAGGACAACGUUCGAGCCUCGCGCGACCGACUCCAGGCACUACGACCGUUACAAAGAGGAGGAAUCGAACGAGGACUAUAACCUGGAGAACAAAGAGAACCACAGAGACUGGCAACCCGAAGAUGAAGAGUGCACGGAGGCAACCACGGGACCAGUAGUCUUGGAAACUUGGCAACGUAACGCCAACAGCACCGGCAUCGCCACCACUACCGCCACCACCACCACCACUACCACGACCACCACCACCGCUACCAGCAACAAUAGUAAUAACAACAGUAGCGGAAACAGCAACGGUAACAGCACGAACAACAAUAAUAACAACGGUGACAUGUUCUGUCAUACAGGCCUCGGUCAUUACGGUCAUCAUCCGGAUCCCGGGGAGGUUGAUCUACCUCCAGAAACUCAACCUACACCACCGAGUGCCACAUUGGUCGGUACCACCAUCACCCAUCUAAGAGACCCGGAUCAUCACUCUACAGAGAUUCAGAAUUGCGACAGUGUAAAGAUCAAAUUCGAAACGUUACACACGAUGGAUUCCUCAGACACGAUCGACAUCGACAGCCACAUGUCGGACCGGGCAAGUGUCAGUUCGAAGAAUGCGGCCGACAGCGACAACAUGAUGAUGAUCACGCCUGAAUUGUUGGGAUUAAUGCCUUCUGGGAGUUCCAUUCACUCGGAUUCCGGUGAGAACAACUCGAGGGGUCAUUCUGGACAGUCGAGCUCUCAUCAUCAUGGCUCGAAAUCGUGGACUCAGGAGGAUAUGGACGCCGCUUUGGAAGCUCUGCGAAAUCACGAUAUGAGCCUUACGAAAGCUUCCGCUACCUUCGGUAUACCAUCGACGACAUUGUGGCAAAGGGCGCAUCGACUGGGCAUCGACACCCCGAAAAAGGACGGACCCACCAAGUCGUGGAGCGACGAGAGUUUAAAUAACGCGCUCGAAGCGUUACGAACAGGAACGAUAUCGGCUAACAAAGCAUCGAAAGCGUUCGGUAUACCAUCCAGCACACUUUAUAAAAUCGCGAGGAGGGAAGGCAUCAGACUAGCUGCACCUUUCAACGCCAGUCCUACCACUUGGUCGCCCGCCGAUCUCGAUCGCGCCCUCGAAGCGAUACGCUCCGGUCAAACGUCCGUGCAAAGAGCGUCCACGGAAUUCGGUAUACCCACAGGAACGUUGUACGGUCGAUGUAAAAGGGAGGGAAUCGAACUUAGCCGAAGUAAUCCUACACCCUGGAGCGAAGAUGCUAUGACCGAAGCUCUCGAAGCUGUCAGAUUAGGCCAUAUGAGCAUCAAUCAAGCGGCCAUCCACUAUAAUUUACCGUACUCCUCUUUGUACGGUCGUUUCAAGAGGGGAAAAUACGAGGAACCGGCGGUCGGCGAUCUAUCACAAGACGGUAGCAGUCCUCACUUCCAUCAAAGUCCGAGUCAGAAUCAUUCGUCCGCCGUUCCAGAUCAAAUGCCCUACCAAGGCAGCUGAAACUUGCCUCUCUAUUAGAGUGGUUCAAGUUUAUUCGCAAUCUUCGGGGUUCCUCACUGAACAAACGCGAACACGAACACGACAAAAGCCACCGACCAAUAAACGCGCGUUACACGGAACAAUUGGCGAAUUCUUCUCGACGAUUUACAGCCGGAAGCAGGGACUUGUGGCGUCGCGAAGCGACAUACGAUCA